AAAACCAUAUCGUGAUGUGACCUAGUGUUUAUGAUAUUAAAAAACAUUUGAGAUGUUAAAUUUGUCAGUCACCGGUUAAAAAAGUUUCCCAACCCAAAAUAACCAUGGGAGAUAGGAGAAGGCCCCCAAUUUAUAGGCCAAAGUCUAGGACUGAUUCGAGUUUAAGCGGAAGCAGGACAGAUGGUGGUCGUUUAAGAGGAGACGGAGGCGGCGGAAGCAGCGAUGAAGACUCAAUGCGAACAGAUUUGAGACAAAGACUUCAAGAAGAAGCCUCCUUGUACAAAAGAAGAUUGGACACAUACCGGCAAGCGCAACAAAACCAAGCUGCAUUAGUUAGCAGACUUCAAGCAAAAGUUCUUCAAUACAAGCAACGAUGUGCCGAUCUGGAGGCCCAAAUGGUGGACAACCCGACCACUUUUGAGCAACCGUCGUCUUUAAAAAUACAAUACCCAUUAGUUCCUUCAACUUCUUCCACUAGUUCCGCUUUGGAACAGGCUCAACAACACUUAAGAGAGCUAAGAGAGGAACGAAUAAGCGACCUGGACACAGCCUUAAGAAGAUUGGAAGAAGAAAAAAGGAGAUCGGAGAAGUUGAUACAACUAAAUUCGACUUUAAGAGAUCAGCUCGAGGAAUCUCAUAGUACAAACGAAGCUUUAACUGCUGAUUUGCAGAAACUUACCAACGACUGGGAGGCGAUGAGAGAAGAAAUGCUUAUUAAAGAAGACGAAUGGAAGGAUGAGGAGCAGGCAUUUAAUGAUUAUUACAGUACUGAACAUAAUAGGUUAUUAAAUCUUUGGAGGGACGUUGUUUCUGUCAAGAGACUUUUUAUGGACGUGCAAUCUAAUACGGAAAGGGAUUUGAAUAAAAUUAAAUCUGAGGUUAACGGCAUGGGUAAGGAAAUGGUUUUGGCUUGCAGCAGGAUGGAUAGCAAUAUAUUUACCGAACAAAUUCUUGGUGGAAAACUAAAAAACGAAAAACAUCAAGAAUAUACAGAACUAAAAUCAGAAAUCGAUAGUUUAAGACUACAACACAGCACCUAUCAAAAUGAGCUGCAAAUGAAAGAAGAUAGAAUCCAACAAUUGCUCAGAGAUGUUCAAAAUUUGGAGGACAGAUGUGCCGAUGCAGAACACAAUGUCGGCCAAGUAGUCAAAAUGCAAGAAGAAAUCGACAUAUUACAAGGAGCUUUGCGUGAUAUUGCGCACGCUCUUAUUCAAGACGCUGAAACUAAAGAUCCUGAAAUGAUACAAGCUACGCAUCUUCAUUUAAGUGGAAGCACGCCAAUUCCACAAAAAUCCCCAAAAAGAUCAGCUCGCAGCAUGACUUCCCCAGCAGCAUUUGCUGAGAGUACGAUAUCGGCUGUGCAAGCUGCUUUGCAUAAAUAUCAAUCAUUCAUACACGAACUACAGGUGAAACUCCAAACUAAUAAGGAGCAACUUAUGCUAGUUCGUAAACAAUUAGAAAACUCUGAAGAUAGCGUAGCAGCAUUGGAAAAACGCGCUAAAGAAUUGGUAGCCCAACUGGAUGCAAGCCGUGCUCAGAACACGCAGUUAAAUCAGGACCGUGAGGUUUUACAUAAAUCACUAGAAUCGGUAAAAUUGGAGAAAAACAAUCUGGAACGCAACCGCCUGGAAGUAAACGCGAUGGUUGAGGCUCUGAACGCCGACUACGACAAGCUUCAAAAGCAAAACCAGAAGUUGCAAAAGGAGAUCGAUACAUUGCAAGACGAAAAAAUGUUCUUGCAGACUGAAUGCGAUAGACUCAAUCAAAACGCCGAUCUACGUGAAAUUAGUUUGAGAGGCGAAGAAGACAGAUGCAGUCGCAUUAGAGAGGAGUUACUCACAGUAAGGGAGGAAUUGAAUAAGUUAUAUUUAUCGCAUGAUAUGUUGGAGCAGCAGAAGUUAGAAGCGGAUAGUAUGAUUUCAAGUUUGGAGAAAACUAAACUUGACUAUGAAAUCCAAUUAGACAAAGUGCUAGGAGAGAGAUCCAACGUACACGAUUCGUUACUAAAGAAAGAAAAUAUUGCUUCUAAUUUGGAACUUGACAAAAAAAAAUUACAGGACGACCUAAAGAGGUUGGAGGAAGAUAAAUUGGCGUUGCAACACACAUGCAACGAUCAUCAAAAUGACAUACAAUCCUUACGAAAGGAACUGCUUCAAGCAGAACAGUCAAAAUUGGAUCUAGAAUCUGAUAAAGUAUCCUUGUCAGAAAAAUGCAAGUUUUUGGAAAUUGACAAAGGAAAGAUUGAAAUGGAACUAACUCAAACAACAAGAGAAAGAAACGAUCUUAGCAACCAGCUAACAGUUCUUGGAAGAAAACGUGACGCAGUCAAUGAGGAGUUGGUUCGCACUAGACAACGCUUGGAACAAGCCUCUGAAACAAACGCCAGAGUGAAUAGAAACCUGGAAGAAUUAGUAAAAGAUUGCGAGGAAAAACAAUGCACAAUCGACGCGAUGGACAAGGAAAUUCAGCGCAUCCAAGAACUAUUAGCCGCAGUGAGAUCUGAAAAAGAGGCUCUAGAGGCAGUACUGUUUGAUACUCAAACAAAUUUAGAGGCUUCUGAUGUUAAAAAAAUGCAACUCGAAAAAGACCAGCAAGAUUUGCUGGUAAAACAAGAACAAUUGAAAUCGCAAAUCGGAAAACUCACCAAGGAUUUGGAACGAUCCGAAAAAAAGUGUGUCGAGAUUAAGAAUAACUUUGCCCAUCAGUCCGGCAAUAAGGAGAUUGAAUACAAACAAACCGUGGACAAGUUGAAACAACAAAACGAUGAGAAUUACAAGAAAUUAACGGAGGAAAGAGAAAAAAUAAGAGCAUCGUUGGAAAAACGGUUGCAGCAAUCUUUGCACCAGCUGAGCAACGAGAAAGAUACAGAAAUACAGAAAUUAGUCGAUAGAAUUGAAGCUUUGCAAAACCAUAUUGAAAACCUAUGCCAACAACAUGAGGAACUGAUGUUACGGGCUGAAAAUGACAAACAACAAGCUCUUCUUAUAGCUCAUCAUGACCACCAAGCUGUUCAUGACAAACUGGAAGCUACACGAAGAGAACUAGAAGCUGAAAGAGAUACAUUGGAACGCUUUAGAAGAGAAGCAAACGGCCGGUUUGAACAAGACCGCGCUAACAUAAAUCAAUUGAAAGAUGAACUAAACAAGUUUAAAACCAGAUUAGAAGAAACUAAGUCGCGAUACGAAGAUGAAAAGAUUAAACUUGAACAACGUUUGGAAGAAGUGAAAAGUGAACGGGACAAUUCGCAGGCCGAAGUUGAAAACCUCAAGGUGCAGCUGCAUCUAGUUGAAGACAAGAGCGAGAGUUUUUGUAACCAGUUUCAUGAAACUUUGAGAAAACUCAAAGAAACUGAGAAUAAUUCGGAAAGUUUACGAAAAGAACUUACCGAUGUAAGAAGACUUCUUGGUGAUAGCAACUUUGAAAAAGAAAAAUAUCACAACACUAAUAAAGAAUUAAGGGAUCACGUAAAAAGGACAGAGAGCGAAAAACGUGAACAAAGCAGGCAGUUAGAGGAAGCAUACCAAAAAAUAGCCAAUUUGGAUGAUCUUAAACUUUCUCUUGAAAAUGAGCGCAACAAGCUUCAAGGACAAAUAAGAGACUUGGAAAAAGAUUAUCUACAAGCAGAGCAUAAAGCUCAAAGUAUACAGGAAGAGUUGCAAAGAGCCCAGGCUUCUAACACUCAACAACAAGCCGAGGAAAAAGAACUACAAGCUCGGCUGUUGAAUGAAGUAGAAGAAAGAGAGAGGGCUCACCAAGAAGUGCACCAAUUAAGAAAACAGAUGUCAGAAUUAGAUCGUAACCUAGAACAAACAAGACAAGAGCUAGGUCGCACGAGAUCCCACAGCGCCCAGUUGGAGGAGCAAUGGCAUGCCAGAGAGCAGGACCUUUUAGUGCAUCUGGAAGACAGCAGAGGUCGCGAGAAACGUCUGGAAGAUCAAAAACACAACCUGGAAGUUUGUCUAGUCGAUGCUACCCAGCAAAUACAAGAACUCAAAGCCAAACUGGGCGGCGCUGAAGGUAGAGUUAGGGCACUGGAAGCCCAGCUGGGUCAAUUGGAGUCGUCCAAGCGAGAUGUGGAGCAGAAAUUGAGUAGUGUUGUGUCUACUUUGAGGAGAAUUGCUGGAAUACAGCUGGAUGGUUCUGUUAGUAUGCCGUAUAGAUUAUUGAGUCCAUCUCGUAGAUGGAGCCCUGCUAGAACUCAUGAUGAAAGAGAUGGUGCGAUAGAUAUAGAUCCUGAAGUUGUAAGGAAAGGCGUCAGGAAUCUAAUGCAACAAGUCGCCCAAAUAGAGAGAGAAAGGGAUGACUACAAGACUCAAAUUCAUUCAGCUAAGAAACAGAUCCAGGAAUCCCAUGAAAGUCAAAGUAAAGGGGACAGCAAACUCAAUAAAGUUUUGCAAUCAUUAAGGAACUUACAAGAAGAAAAGGGCAGCUUAGAAGCGAAAUUAGGCCAGAAAAAUAUCGAGUUACAAUCGCAGACUGAAGCUUUAAAUAAAAAGACUGAAGAAGCAAAAACUUUGAGGGAAAAAGUUGUAUCACUAGAAUUAACAGUCAGUGGUGGAAACGAUCAAAGAUUACAAUAUGAGGAUAAAAUAGAAAAAAUGAAGAUGGCUUUGGCAAGACUGGAGGCUGAGAAACGCGGUUUACAAGAAGAGCUGGCCAGAACUGAAAACAGAUCGACUAAAUUAGAACUCCAAAGAAUGUCUACUGAAGGAGAUUUACAAAGAUUACAAAUGAUGUUACAGGAAAAAGAUGGAACUAUAGCGAAACUACAAGAAAAGUGUGAUUCUCAAAGCCGAUCAUUAGCAAGUUUGGAGGAACGAUGCGUUUCUCUUAAAUCGACUAUAGACCAAUUAAAUUUGUCGUUGGAAAGAGCCUCCACAACCGAAUCAGAUCUUAAGGCGGAACUGUCAAGUUUGCAAAGAUCAUUAAUGGAAACUUCAACUGUUUCCCAUUCCAGUACAGAAAAACUUAAACAGCUACAAAAAGCCUUAGCAAAUAGCGAAAACGAAAAACGUGUAAUUCAGGAACGCUUCGAAGCUGCUCAGCAAAAUUUGGCCGAGCUCCGAAGAAACAAUCAAAUAGCGCAAGACCAAAUAACAAGGUUAAAUAACGAACUUGCUAAUAACGAAGUUCAAAGGUCAGGUUUAGAAUCUCAGUUACGUUUAGCCCAAUGGCCACAAGAACCUGCCAUGAGUGGUCAUCAAGAAGAAGAAUUAAAAACUCAAUUGCAUAUGGUAAAUAGAGAUAGAAAUGAGAUGAGAGGCAAAAUUGAUGCUCUUAAUAAUAAGUUGAGACAAUUAGAAGCUGAGAAGCGCAGCUUGGAGAGAUCAGCAAAAUCAGUCGCAGUUUGUAUGAGAUGUAAGUCGUACGAACGCCCAGAAAAAUACGAAGCUGAUUCGAGUAUAACCGAACAGGACAAAUAUGAACAAGAAAAUCGGGAAUUAAAAUUAAAAAUAUCCCGUUUAGAAACGGAAUUAUUGGAAAAAGAGUCGGAGUUGAAACGAAUAAGAAAUCAACGACCUACCUUGGAUUCUAAGUUCGAUAGGGCUGAGAUCGAACGGUACAGGGCUGCGCAGCUGCAAGCAGAAAGGCUUUUGGAGGCUAGAGAGCAAAGUCAUAGACAACAAGUGUCUAGAUUAGAAAAUCAGGUAACCCUUUUACGUGACCAAUUAAACCAGGAAAUCAAGAGGAGACAGCAAUACGUAAUGCGUAGCUCAAAAGCUGGCCGCGAAAUGCAACAGUUGCGUCAAGCGCUCGGUGAUUCCCUACGCACCGUGUCGCAGGAUCCUUCGUUGGACGCGCUCCUGCUGGAACACGAAGCAAGAAAAUUAGAUAAUACACUUUCUAACACUGCCAGCUUACCCCCAGCCCUGGGGUUGUCCUCUACUUAUAGGAGGUCUACCACACCUCAACCAAAAUAAAAUUAUUAUUUAAUAACAUUAAGUAGAUCAUUAAAUUAACUCGAAUUAUUAGGUUAUUAUUAAUUUAGUUUGUUCUGACAUCCUUAAUGAUCAAGUAUCAGUUACUAACUUGUAGAUAUUUUAAUGUUUAUAUGCAACCAUUUCCCCUAAAUAUCAUAGAUGCAUAUUAGGGUGAAUCGAAAUUUGAAUAUUUUUAAAAUUGAAAACGCC